AUGGCAAGAUACCGAUAUAAGCCCUUGCCCAAGAUCCCCGGAACAGCCUCAAUCAGGCUAGCAACAAUACAUCCUGGAGUCGGUAAUGGCGAUGUAGUUCUCGACCUUCACAUCGAGACCUUCACUUUACAAAGUCCACCCCGGUACGAAGCACUUUCGUACGUCUGGGGGUCUACGAAGGCGCGCAAAGUCAUAUACAUUGGAAAAUCCGACAAGGCGGCACUACAAGUCACGAGAAGCCUCAAAACGGCCCUGUUACAUCUCCGAUACCCCCGCCAGAAACGUGUCAUGUGGAUAGAUGCGCUAUGUAUCAAUCAAUCCGACAACGUUGAGAAAGGCGCUCAGGUGGCUAUGAUGGGCCAACUAUUCGCCUGCGCGGCACAUGUUGUGGUCUGGCUGGGCCCGGAAGCGAACGAUAGUAACAUGGCGAUGGAGCGUCUUUCGUACAUCGGUUCGCAGAUCGAUGUUGACUGGGGCGGAAUUCAUCGAAUCACUCCUGCUGCAGAUAUCGGGCAUGUCGACCGCAACAUAGCUGACCCCCAACUUUGA